CAUUCCUGUUUUCCCCCCCCUUACAGUUCCGUGGAGCAUUUCCCGGGACCUGCCAGCAUGCCUGCAUCCAGGGGGGGGCUGCUGUUCCUUUCCUUCCUGGUCCUGGGACAAGCAAUGGAUUUUACAGAUUACAGCUAUGUCAUAGAAGAAGAGGAAGAAGACACUGAUCCAAUUGACUAUAAGGACCCUUGCAAAGCUGCUGCCUUUUCAGGAGACAUUGCCUUGGACGAGGAAGACCUCAAGUUUUUCCAGGUGGACAGAGUUGUGGAUCUCACACGGCAUACCAUUGAGAGAACUGUCACUAACUCUUCAGGGAACAGUUCCAACAGCACCAGCAUCAGACCCAGGAGACAGCAAAGGAGACGGAAGCUGGACCGGGGGCGGUCUCGGAGCCGCCGAGCUGCCACUUCCCGUCCUGAGCGAGUGUGGCCAGAUGGAGUCAUUCCUUAUGUGAUCAGUGGGAAUUUCAGUGGCAACCAGCGGGCAAUCUUUCGACAGGCCAUGCGCCAUUGGGAGAAGCACACCUGUGUCACUUUCUUGGAGCGGAAUGAUGAAGAUAGCUACAUAGUGUUUACAUACAGGCCUUGUGGGUGCUGUUCCUAUGUGGGGCGUAGAGGAGGAGGACCUCAGGCCAUCUCCAUUGGGAAAAACUGUGACAAAUUUGGCAUUGUGGUACAUGAGCUGGGCCAUGUCAUCGGUUUCUGGCAUGAGCACACACGCCCAGACAGAGAUGGCCAUGUGUCCAUUAUCCGUGAAAACAUACAACCAGGGCAGGAGUAUAACUUUCUGAAGAUGGAGCCUGAAGAGGUGGAGUCAUUGGGAGAGACAUAUGAUUUUGACAGCAUAAUGCACUAUGCACGGAACACCCUUUUCAGGGGGAUCUUCCUAGACACCAUCCUUCCCAAAUACAAUGUGAAUGGGAUGCAGCCUUCCAUUGGCCAGCGUACUCGACUGAGCAAAGGAGAUAUAGCCCAGGCUCGCAAGCUUUACAAAUGCCCUGCUUGUGGAGAGACCCUGCAAGAGAGUCAAGGGAACUUCUCUUCACCUGAGUUUCCCAAUGGAUAUUCUGCACACAUGCACUGCAUCUGGAGAAUAUCUGUCACUCCAGGGGAAAAGAUUAGGCUGAACUUUACAUCCCUGGAUCUGUACCGAAGUCGGUUAUGCUGGUAUGAUUACGUGGAGGUGAGAGACGGGUUCUGGAGAAAGGCCGCUUUGCGAGGUAGGUUCUGUGGGAAUAAGCUCCCGGAGUCCAUCCUCUCCAGCGAUAGCCGCCUCUGGAUAGAAUUCCGCAGCAGCAGCAACUGGGUCGGCAAAGGCUUCUUUGCAGUCUAUGAAGCAAUCUGUGGGGGAGAGAUGAAGAAAGACAAUGGACACAUCCAGUCUCCAAACUAUCCUGAUGAUUACCGGCCAAAUAAAGCAUGCAUCUGGAAGAUUACUGUCUCAGAGGGUUUCCAUGUGGGCCUCGCUUUCCAGGCAUUUGAGAUUGAGCGUCAUGACAGCUGCGCUUAUGACUACCUGGAGAUCCGGGAUGGUAACUCGGAGACAAGCAAUCUGAUUGGAAGGUACUGUGGUUAUGAUAAGCCUGAUGACAUCAAAAGCACCUCCAACAAGUUGUGGAUGAAGUUUGUGUCUGACGGGUCCAUUAACAAGGCUGGCUUUGCUGUCAACUUCUUCAAAGAAGUGGAUGAAUGUUCCAGACCAAACAAUGGUGGGUGUGAGCAACGUUGUGUGAACACUCUGGGCAGCUACAAGUGUGCUUGUGACCCUGGUUAUGAGUUGGCCUCAGAUAAGCGCAGGUGUGAAGCUGCCUGCGGUGGGUUCCUCACCAAACUGAAUGGCUCCAUUACAAGUCCUGGGUGGCCCAAAGAAUACCCACCCAACAAGAACUGCAUCUGGCAGCUUGUGGCACCAACACAGUACCGUAUAUCCCUGCAGUUUGACUUCUUUGAGACAGAGGGUAACGAUGUAUGUAAGUAUGACUUCGUAGAAGUGCGCAGCGGGCUCACUGCUGAGGCCAAACUACACGGCAAGUUCUGUGGGGCAGAAAAGCCCGAUGUGAUCACCUCCCAGUACAACAACAUGCGCAUAGAAUUCAAGUCCGACAACACCGUCUCCAAGAAAGGCUUCAAGGCUCAUUUCUUCUCAGACAAAGACGAAUGUUCGAAGGAUAAUGGUGGAUGCCAACACGAGUGCCUGAACACUUUCGGCAGCUAUGAGUGCCAGUGCCGCAGUGGCUUUGUACUGCAUGACAACAAGCACGAUUGCAAAGAAGCUGGCUGUGAUCACAAGAUGACUUCCAUCAGUGCAACCAUCACCAGCCCAAACUGGCCUGAUAAAUACCCGAAUAAGAAAGAGUGCACCUGGGCAAUAACCACCACACCGGGACACCGCGUCAAACUGACCAUCAGGGAGUUGGACAUUGAAGGCCAUCAAGAAUGCACCUAUGACCACCUGGAGGUUUACAAUGGAAAAGAUGCCAAAGCUCCUGUCUUGGGACGAUUGUGUGGAACUAAAGAACCAGGCCCUAUAAUCUCCUCCAGUAACAGGAUGUUCCUCAGGUUCUUCUCAGAUAACUCUGUCCAGAAGAAAGGCUUUGAGGCAACCUACACAUCAGAAUGUGGUGGCCAGAUGCGAGCUGAAGUGAAAACCAAGGAUCUCUAUUCGCAUGCCCAGUUUGGAGACAACAACUACCCUGGGGGCUCAGAUUGUGAAUGGGUAAUUGUGGCUGAGGAGGGAUAUGGAGUGGAACUCAUCUUCCAGACAUUUGAGAUUGAGGAAGAAGCAGACUGCGGCUAUGACUACAUGGAGCUGUUUGAUGGCUAUGACGGAACAGCCCCACGCCUGGGACGCUACUGCGGCUCUGGGCCCCCUGAAGAAGUCUAUUCUGCUGGCGACUCAGUGAUGGUAAGAUUCCACUCUGAUGACACCAUCAACAAGAAGGGCUUCCACCUACGUUACACUAGCACCAAAUUCCAGGACACGUUGCACACGCGGAAAUGAUGCCCAGCCACCCAACCCCCUACAGCAGACAACAGGACUUCUAGCAAUGGAGGGACAGGUCUUGGCUGCUGAAAAUAACAAAAAAGACACCCAUGGAGAGAAAAUUCAAAUAGACUGGAAGGAGAAAUACACAGUACACCUCAGAGUGUGAAACACUCACACAGAAACAAAGGUGCUGCCAGCCGCUUACGUGGACUGGGCUCGGGGGAAUCCUUUCAUUAAAAAAAAAAUCUGUGCCUCUUUAUUUCUUGAGCAGAGUGUCUCCAGGACUAACCACUUCAUGGCUUCCAUUUACAUUUUUUUGUUUGCGCUGCUCUCCCUCCCC